AUUGUUAUUACAUUAUAUACAACUAUUUGAUCAGGAAUUUAUUUUAUCAAGAUAGUUUUUUUGUAUUAUUCAUAUAUAUAUAUAUAUUUGUUAAACAACAACAAUAAACAACAACAAAAUGAGCAAGAUAAUUUUUGCGGUCAUUUUAAUCUGUUUUAUCAUUGGUAUGUUUGCCGUAAUCAAUGUUGAUUGUCAAUAUGGUCGUGGAGGUAAUAGAGGUUACGGCGGUGGCAAUCGUGGAUAUGGCGGCGGUGGAGGUGGAGGUGGACGUAGAUAUGGAGGAGGAGGCGGCGGCCGUUACGGCAAUGGUGGUGGUGGUGGGGGUCGUUAUGGAAAUAGGGGUUAAAUCAAUAGAGGGAAUGGUUAUUGGAAAAAAAAUUUUGGGCAAUAAAUUAACUUUGCUUUAAAAAUUAAUAUAUUAUUAAAAAUAUAUAAUGUUUUAGACAU